GUUAAAUCCCCAGCUCCACUGAUCGCCAUGUCUCUGGCCGUCCUGUUGAACUUGGCCCUGGCUGCAGCGGGACCGCCCUAUGCCCAGCUCCCAAGGGUGUUUUCCCCAACGGCCACCUUUCAGCUGAAAGAUGGGAAGCAGAUGCCCGUGAUGGGUCUGGGGGUCUACAUGAUGAAACAGGGGGAGGAGACCUACAAUGCCGUGAAGUGGGCUCUGGAUGCGGGGUAUCGGAUGAUUGACACCGCGGCCAUCUACGACAACGAGGAGAGCGUGGGAAAGGCGAUCGCCGAGUCGGGCGUGUCCCGUGGCGAGAUCUUCUUGGCCACCAAGCGACUGCGCCGCAGUAGUCAGAGGUCGGUAGAUGUUUGUAAUGUAUCAUAA